UGACAUGGAUAGUGAGCCAAUAAAAGGAAACUGAAAUUGGUGUAUUAUGGUCAAUUGUUCUAAUGUUAGUUAAGAUUCUAGCUGCAGCAUUCUGAGGCUUUUGAAGACUUUUAGUACUAGCACGCUGCAGGCCUGGCAACAAAACGUUACAAUCAUCAAGUGUAUACAAAACAAAGGCUUGAAUUAGGGUCUCUGCAUCAGCCAUGGACAGAAAAGACUUAAUUUUAGCUAUAUGUUGCGUAAGUGAAAAAAGGCCAUCUUGGUGAAUUCGUUAAUGUGCUGAUCAAAUGAGAGGGUAGGAUCAAAUGUAACACCAAGAUCCUUGGGUGUUUAAGAAAUCACACAGUUAGUGUUGAUAUCACCAGAAGAUCAUUCAGUACUAAGUGCAGGUUAAGAUUACUGUUAAAUAUAUGGGCCAAACCUUUCUGAGACACAACUCUUUCAAGUACUUAAAUAAUGGUCAGAGACUGGUCGAUAAUAAAGAAGGUAUGGAUGAGCAGGUAGAGGACCUGCAACUCACCCUGCUAAAGCAGACAGUCCAGUCAGGAUGGCCAGAAGAAAAGAGGAAAUGCCCUUCCACCAUUCUAGACCAUCAGAACGUCUGAGAUGAAACCACAGUGUGAUGGAAUACUAUUACAAGGAGAAAAAAUAGUACCAUCCACUUUUCAAAACUGCAUGUUGGAGCACAUUCAUACCGGACGCAUGGGCAUUGAAAGGAGCAAGCAAAGGGCAAGGAUGUUCUUAUCUGACCUGGCAUGGGUAAAUAUAUUACCACCACUUUGAAAAAAUGCUCCAUAUGCCGAUAGUUGAAGUUGGAAAGAUUAUCACAUGCAAUACUGGGACUUCAGGUCUCCAAAGUUUGAUGAAAUUCUUUAUAACUUAGUAUUGAUUGUUGGUAGAAAGUUUUUAAUGGGAUCCUUGGAGGGUGAUGCAAUCUAAUAAAAACUCCAACAGCUCACUCUCUGAAUUUUGGAGGUGAACACACACCAAAUGCAUUUCAAGAUCAGGUAUCUUUUUAAUGAAUAAGACACCAGUACAGGUUAGAUGUCUGUGUAAUCGUUAAAGUGAAUUAUUAUUCAUGGAAACUGGUUAUGUAAUCUGCCUGUUUUAUUACUGAAUAUUUAUUUUACACAACAUUAAUGGACAAAUUAAAUGUUACAUACAUAACUCUUGGUGGGCAUGUGGAAGUUUACACACACAGAUACGUUUAUUUUUUGAUUAUGUUCACAGUAUAUAUUCUAAUAAUCUGCUGUAAUUCUACCAUUGUGUACCUUGUCUGGAAACACAAAAACCUUCAUGAGCCUAUGUACAUUUUCAUUGCAGCUUUGUUACUGAACUCUGCUCUUUACAGCACUGCUAUCUACCCAAAGCUUUUGAUUGACUUUUUAUCCGAAAAACAGAUCAUAUCUUAUUCAGCCUGUCUCUUUCAAUUUUUUAUAUUUUACUUUUUAGGCGGUUCAGAAUUCUUACUGUUGGCAGCCAUGGCCUAUGACAGAUAUGUGUCUAUAUGUAAACCUCUGCAAUAUCCAACUAUCAUGAGAAAAACCACAGUGAGUAUCUUCCUGAUUUUAGCGUGGCUUCUGCCUGCUUGUCAUAUUGCAGUCCUAGCAAUACUGAGUGCUGAAACUAAACUUUGUAACUUUACUUUAAAAGGAAUAUUUUGUAACAAUGCAAUUUACAGUCUUCAAUGUGUAAGAUCAAGUGUAAUUACUAUCUAUGGUGUGGUUGCUUUUGUAGAUCUCACAAUUCUCCCUGUGCUCUUCAUAAUUUUUACGUACACAAAGAUACUUAUUAUAUCCUAUCGUAGUUGUAGAAAAGUCAGGAAAAAAGCUGCAGAGACCUGUUUACCCCACCUGUUGGUUUUAAUCAGUUUCUCCUGUUUGAGUGCAUAUGAUAUCUUCAUAGCUCGAGUGGAAUCUAAUUUUCCAAAAACUGCACGCUUAAUAAUGAUGUUACAAAUAGUUUUGUAUCAUCCAUUGUUCAAUCCGCUCAUAUACGGGUUCAAAAUGAAAGAAAUUUCUAAACACCUUAAAAGGUUGUUCUGUACAGCCAAAAUCAUUUGAUGUAUUGACACUGAUUACUAAUGUACAGUCAUUCUUUCAGAAAUAAUCAUACAUAGAUGUGAAUGCUUGAAAUGUAUUUAAUGUGCACAUGCUUUGCUGUGUCCACAGCAAACAGGGCUCUGGGUGUAUUGACAAAGUUAAAAAUUGAAAUUCAUCAAUAUAAAUUCACUAUGUCUUAACAACGCUGAAAGUGUGUACAUACCUGUGUUCCAGAAAUGUUUCAUUCUCAUUUUAUUGCACAUUACAGAUUGUAGUUGGCCAACAUGUGUAUUUCAAAGAAAGUUUUUCACAAUAUUUGCGGUUCCCAGCUAUUCUUUGUCUUCCACUGCUGCACAAGCUGACUCCUUAAUUUUCAUUUCAAGCUAUGACUUUAGCCCCUGUGUGCUUGGACUAAUAGGAAAAGAAAGAUUGUGUAGGAGGGUUUUUAGUGUGUGGCGGUCGGUGCUCUGACAUCUGACUUGAAAAUCAAUGAGACUGAAAUGGCAGGUAUGUUUGCUACAAAACAUUUUUUAAAUUUACAAUGAGAAAAAUAAAAACAAAAUAAAUCAUAAUGUUGUUGACUGUACAUAUUUUCUUAUUAUGAAUGGGAAGUAUGACUCAUCUGCAUCAGCAGAACACUCUUACUGUAGUGGGACACACAGAUUAAAACCUGACGCCAGCUGUUGGAGCUCCAAAGGCCAAUGUUGACUGAGCUUUGCCAGUCAUGGGACCCCUACAUGACCAAGGAGGGGGGAUCUCUCUUUGAAUGGCCUCUCCCAAGGUUUCUCACAUUUGUAUGACCAUUUUGUUUAUUAGGUUUAUUAAGAGAGGUGUGGGGGGGGUAGAAGCUCAAUGUAAAUUCCACCUAGAAUUUUAAAAUAAU